AUGUUGGGAAGUCUGGUCACUUUCCCUAUCCUCUUUUGGCUUCAAUUUUCUGACCCUGACAUUCGGACUGGGGGUCACUGGCACGGUGGUGGCGUUUCAGUGGGUUGGUCACUUUACGUUGGAGUAGCAGGAAUCGUUCUUUUGGCAGCAGCAACAGGCCUAUUAGCAGUUAACAAAUUUGGUGAAGAGGUGAUAUAUCGGGAGAAGAUAAUAAGGGCUUCCGAGGACCCUGGAGUGGAGGCAUAA